AGCGUCGUGCGCGUACAAUGGCCGUCGUCGUUACUGGAAUUUAAGCAUAGGAUCUGGAAAGCUUUAGCCGCGUUUUUAUGUUGUAUCAUAAGUAUAUUUCUGUACUAAGUAUUAUACACUUUUGCGAAGACGAAGAGCUAAAAAAUAAUACAGUUAAUAAGUAUGCUGCAUUAUGAGGGCGAUGUAAUGUGUAUCAAAUAAUUUAGCAGCAAUUUAUUGUAUGAAAAUCGACAUACUUUUUUUCUAUUUCUCGCCGAAUGCAUGAGGCUUUAUACUUUGCAACGUAUGUAUAUUCUUCAUGACGUAAAAUAUAUUUGAAUUCUGUUUCGGUUAGAAUGAUAAUCGAGCGAGAGGCGAUAUUUAUUUGCUCUUUUGCACUUCAGUUCAGAAGUAACCAAUAAGCGUAAGAUUAAUCAAAUACAUAUUAGUAAAAUGGAAUAUAAAACAGAGGGUUCUGUAUGUGCAUCGAACGUGCCAUCAGAUUAUCAAACGCAAAAAACCGAUAUUCAAGAUCUCGAAAAACUGCAUUUACUAAAAGAGGGAAUUUCUGAAACGAUUGCAGAAAAUAAUGCACUUAGUGCCGAAAUUAUUACUUUAUUGAAAGAACUGAAACUCGAGAUUAAUUAUCUUCCCAUUGAUAUUAAAGAAGGCCUGCAAAAUGUCUCAUUAAUUUUGAAAUCAGAAGGAUUAGCUGAAGUGGAUGAAACAGCUUUGAUGAUAUGCAGAGAACAAAGAAGGAUUCAAGAGAGAAAAAACCGACUUAAGGAUAAACAGUUAAAAGUAAAGUACAACAUGUUAUUUGAUAGAUAUAAAAACUUAGAAAAAAAGUUGACCACUGUUCAAGAUGCUGUGGUCUCUGUUAAAGAUAUUACUGAAAAAUAUGAGGCUGAUAGUGAAAACCACUAUACCAAUGAAAUAUUAAUGAACACAAAACUAAAUGAAUAUAAGGAAGCACUUGAUAAAUUAAUAGCCGAAUUGGAUAGUAUGGAUGUAGCAGAUUUGGAUCCAGAUACAAUAAGAAAAAAAUCUAAAAAAUUUUUGGAAGUACAAGGAGAAUUAGCAGAAGUGAAUCAAUUUCUCAAACAAUAUGGAAAUGUCCCUCCAAAUUUAUUACAAGCAAAGGCAUUGGUUGCUGCUAAGCAAAAAGAGUAUGAAAACAUUUGUUUAAUGGUUUCUGAAGAAAGUAAUUACAAUUAAUAUUAUGUUGUACAUAGAUGGUUCCUGUAUCAAUGAAUUUAUAUUUUCAAUAAAAAAAUCAGUUUAUUCCCAGA